AUGCACGGCUUCAACAAGUUCCUCUCUGUGGCAGGCGCUGUCGCGUCCCUCUCUCCCUUGGCAUCAUGUGCGCCUCUGCGCAGGCAGACUCCCGCUGUGGACCCCAACAAUGUACUCGUAUUACAGUUUGCGCAAGUCCUGAACCAGCUUGAACAGCAAUUCUACACGCAGGCCAUGGCCAAGUUCAGCACGGACGACAUCACUUCUGCUGGCUUCACUAGCGCGAACCUUGUCCUUGAGCAGCUCACUACGAUUGCGUCGGACGAGAGCAGCCAUAUCAGUGCCCUACAAUCUACCCUCACGUCGCUGUCGCAGACGCCACUCACGAAUUGCUCCUUCGACUUCUCAUCUGUCCUCACCGAUAUAUCCACGACCGCUACGCUCGCGCGCAUGGUCGAGAAUGUCGGCGUCGGCGCAUUCCUUGGCGCGGCCGACCUCAUCUCGGACCCAACCAUCUUGACCGCAGCUGCAAGCAUCUUGACGGUUGAAGCCCGUCACCAGACCAUCCUCAACACGUUGAAUGGUGGCGCGGCUAUUCCGGGCGCGUUCGAUCUGCCGUUGCUGCCCAACGAGGUCCUGGCUAUUGCUGGACCGUUUUUGACUGGGUCAGGAUGCGAGCUGAAUGUCACUGCCAACCAGCCCAUCACUGUAACCAACACUGACGCGAUCGUCCCGGGAACCACUCUGUCGCUCACCUCACCGGCCAUCAACGGCAGCACCGACGGCUUGUUCUGCCAGAUGCUCCAGGGCGGCAUGCCUUUCUCCAUGUCGCUGCCGCUCUCCGCAUGCACCGUCCCGACGGGCAUGACCGGCCCCGUCGCAGUCUUCGUCACGAAAGACAUGCAGCCGUUGAACAACAACGCGCGCGACCGCUCCGCCGCAAGCGUCCUCGCAGGCCCGGCGAUGAUCUUCAUUGAUGAUGCGCCCCAAGCGCUGAGCGCGCUCAUCAAGACGGGCGGAGGCAACUCGACUGUCAUCAGCUUCAUGACGCCCGACCAGGCCAGCUCCGUCCUUGCGUCUGCCAGUGCAACUGCCACGGCCACUCCCGCGAACGACGCGGGAGCCGCCGCUGCGACAACUGCCGCGGCCACUGCUGCGACCAGCGCCGCCGCGGCUGAGUUCACGCCAUCGAUCAGUUUGAUUCCCAAGCCGACGGCGACAGCCUAG